GCUUGCACAUGACAACUUGAAGGAGAUGAAAAACAGUUAGAAAAGCUCGCGCAACGAUUUCAGUACAUUUUGUGUUUCCGUUAUUUGUGGCAAUAGCACCACGGCUAGUAGCUGUGCUGCAAUCCGUGUGAACGAGCAACAAACAAACAUAGUAUACAUACAAAGUGUAAGGAAUUGUACGAGCGACGACAACGACGCUGCUGCUAUAAAUAUUACAUACAGAGAUAUUACAUACAGAGGUGCGAGAUUUGUGCAAAGUAAUAGAUUUUUAAUAAACAAGUUACGCUUGAAUAACAAAAAAACCAUCGACCCAUUCCACCCGCAAACACACACAUACACAUAUUAAUAGCAUGGAUAUCUUAACUCAAAUACUGAAUAUGAAUGCUGGCGGCGCGUAUGGCGGUGGCAAGGCGGGUGGCGCUUUCGAUCCGCUCACAUUUGCCAUGAAACCGCAAGUGGUGAUACGCGCUCUAUGUUGGCUCUUUUCCAUCGUUGUCUUUGGCUGCAUUUCAUCGGAGGGUUGGCGCACCGACGAGAAUGGCAAGGAGGUGUGUCUGUACAAUGGCGAUGCCAUGGCGUGCAAAUAUGGCAAUACAAUCGGUGUAUUCGGUUUUUUGGCGUCGAUGGCCUUCAUCGCUGGUGAGUACCUGUUCGAACGCAUGUCAUCGGUGAAGAGCCGGAAACGUUAUGUGAUGGCGGAUAUGGGAUUCUCAGCUUUCUGGGCCUUCAUGUACUUCAUUUCGUUUGUGUACUUGUGGUCGCAGUGGUCCUCUGCGCCUAUGCCACCAGGUGGUGUUGGCUCUAGUAAUAUGGAAGCGGCAAUAUUUUUCUCUUUUUUCUCGAUUUUUGUGUGGGCACUUUGCGCUUUUCUCGCCUACAAACGCUUUCUGAUCGGCGCCGGUGAUGAAUUCACAUCCGCCUUUGAAACAGAUCCAGCGAACGUAGUGCAUCAGCAAGCAUACACAAGCUACUCCAUGGACAACGACAAUGAUCAAUACAGCACGUCACCGUUUAGUGGCCAACAACAACAAGGUAUGGAGCAGCAAGGCAUGGAAUACCAACAGCCCACCUAUUAAAGUCAGCGAGCUAAUACUACGUGUACAACAUUAGCAUUAUAACUAAUAGGCUAAGAUAUAAUAACGUGUGAGCGCCACUAAAGCUCAAGCAAUUGGGCAUUUGUGAGUUAAGUAUGCUUUGCGCUGUACAGAUUUAGCAGAACAAAAACAAGUUAAUUUUUAAAUGAAAAAAUGAACCGUAAACACCGAUAGUAAACAUAUACAGACAUGAAUACAUACAUACAUGUUGAAAUAGUAACGUAACAUAAAUAUAAAUAAAAUUUAUAAAAAAUAUUUGCUAAACGAACGACAAAAGGAAGUUACUCACAAAAGCCACGAAAAAGCUGUAAAGCUGUAAAAGCUGUAAAGCUCUGCUCAUAAUCCAAACAACGCACAUUCAGAGAUGAAAUUAGGCCGCACGCUUCAUUGGUAUAUCAGUAAAUUGCAAUAAUUAGUUGCAUGAGAAGUGCUAUUUUGAGGUUAGCGAAGCUUAGUUAAGGAUUCUUGACGUUAUUCUUGUCGGUGCUGAGCUCUCAAAAUAAUGCGUAAAUCUGAGGUACUUAUGGAAUUGUGGACCAUGAACUUAAAAGCGUUUAUGUAUUAUAAAAUGACACUACAGUAACUAUUUGAUUGUUUGAACUAUGCAUAGGUACAUGCAUAUAUGCGAUUUUUCUUGACUUUGCUUUCAUUUUUAUUUUUUUAUAUU